AUGGGAAACCUGUGCUCCAAGUCCUCCAAUCAGCCCGAUAACUUCUCGAGUCCUGGCAGGCCGCUAGGCGGGGCUGCCACCCAGAGCACCCCCUCAUCAGCGCCCGUGCCGCAGAAGAUCACCACCAAUUCGCCCGGACGCACACUUGGAGGUGACGGUGCGACGCCGUCAGGGCAGGACAAUGCCAGAAGUGAAGCUGCGCGGGCUGCUGAGGCGCGAGCGGCCGCCGCAAGCAAGCCCGGAGGCAAGCUCUCAUCACAACUAUCAGCACAGAAGAAGCAGACCCAGAACCAGCUUCUGAAUGCCGGCUCUGAGCAGGAGCGGCGAGCACGGGAUGCUGACUCGGCUGCGCAGACGCAGGCUUACAACUGA